AUCUUGGUCGACUCUCUAGCCCGUCUGUUUAUCACUCUCUCCAUGCCUUCCCCUCUCCCUCCUCCCCUCCUCCUCUCGUCAUUGUCCGUAAUAGACGACGCGGCGGCAGCAAGCAACAACGUGCAGCAGCGGCGGUGGCGGCGGCGGCGGCGGCAGCAGCAAGCAGUCGUUCUCUUUAUAAACCCCGCUGUAUUGCCCGGAUGUGAAUGGAUUACAAUGUAUCUUUCAGGGAAACAUAUUAUUACCAAUGUCUCCAUGGGGGAGUCAAUGAUGAUGAUGAGGAGAGAUCUGUAAACUUGGAACAAGUUUAAGACUUAAAAAAAAAAACAAAAAAAAACCGAGGAAGGACAGAGGGAACACAUCCCACCACCACCAAGAUUUGUGAUAGUUUGUGAAUAACCAUGUGUUUAUAAAAACUAAAGAGGGAAAAGUUACUUGGAUUUUUUUGGCUGGCUUUUAUUUUUGUUCAGUUUGGGUGGGGAGAUUUUGUGACACUUGUUUCGUGGUCCAAAAAACAAAAACAAAGCCAGGUGUAGAGUUCGUUUAAAUCGGUGAAUAACCCUGGACCAGGACUGAGAACCAGUUAAAGUACUUUUUUGUUUGUUUGUUUGUUUGUUUUUGGUUUUGGGGGUCAAACCUAUGUGAGCUAAUAACGCACUUUCGCAGAAGAUUUCUCUCUUUAAAAUAGAUAUAUAUUUCCUUGGACUAUUGUGAACAUAUUUGUGGCCAUUAAGGUUUGUGUGAUUUUGCUAAAAUGCAUCACCAACAGCGAAUGGCUGCCUUAGGGACGGACAAAGAACUGAGUGAUUUACUGGAUUUCAGUGCGAUGUUUUCACCUCCUGUGAGCAGUGGGAAAAAUGGACCAACUUCUUUGGCAAGUGGACAUUUUACUGGCUCAAAUGUAGAAGACAGAACUAGCUCAGGGUCCUGGGGGAAUGGAGGACAUCCUAGUCCAUCCAGGAACUAUGGAGAUGGGACUCACUAUGAUCACAUGGCAAGCAGGGACCUUGGGUCACAUGACAAUCUCUCUCCUCCUUUUGUCAAUUCCAGAAUACAAAGUAAAACCGAAAGGGGGUCAUAUUCAUCAUAUGGAAGAGACUCAAAUUUACAGGGUUGCCACCAGCAAAGUCUCCUUGGAGGUGACAUGGAUAUUGGCAACCCAGGAGCUCUCUCACCCACCAAACCUGGCUCUCAGUACUAUCAGUAUUCUAGCAAUAACCCCCGAAGGAGGCCUCUUCACAGUACUUCUAUGGAAGUACAAACAAAGAAAGUUCGAAAAGUUCCUCCAGGUUUACCAUCAUCAAUUCAGCAGAAAAGCCACAGACUGAAUAAGCGUGAAACUGAACGGCGAGACUGGUGCUUCCAGGUUUAUGCCCCGUCAGCAAGCACUGCUGACUACAAUAGGGAUUCACCAGGUUAUCCAUCCUCAAAACCAGCAGCCAGCACUUUUCCUAGCUCCUUCUUCAUGCAAGAUGGUCAUCACAGCAGUGACCCAUGGAGCUCCUCCAGUGGGAUGAAUCAGCCUGGUUAUGGAGGAAUGUUGGGCAAUUCUUCUCAUAUUCCACAGUCUAGCAGCUACUGCAGCCUGCAUCCACAUGACCGUUUGAGCUACCCAUCACACUCCUCAGCAGACAUCAAUUCCAGUCUUCCUCCGAUGUCCACUUUCCACCGUAGUGGUACAAAUCAUUACAAUGCAUCUUCCUGCACGCCGCCUGCGAAUGGAACAGACAGUAUAAUGGCAAACAGAGGAAGUGGGGCAGCAGGCAGCUCACAGACUGGUGAUGCACUGGGGAAAGCACUUGCCUCUAUCUAUUCUCCAGAUCACACCAACAACAGCUUUUCAUCAAAUCCUUCAACUCCUGUUGGUUCUCCCCCUUCUCUCUCAGCAGGCACAGCUGUUUGGUCUAGAAAUGGAGGGCAAGCAUCAUCAUCUCCCAAUUAUGAAGGUCCCUUACACUCUUUGCAAAGCCGGAUUGAAGACCGUUUGGAAAGACUGGACGAUGCUAUUCAUGUUCUCCGGAACCACGCAGUGGGGCCUUCAACAGCCAUGCCUGGUAGUCAUAGCGACAUGCAUGGAUUAAUAGGGCCUUCUCACAAUGGAGCAAUGGGAGGUCUUGGGUCAGGAUAUGGGACAGGCCUUCUUUCAACCAAUAGACAUUCACUAAUGGUUGGAGCUCAUCGUGAAGAUGGUGUCGGUCUGCGUGGCAGCCAUUCGCUUGUGCCAAAUCAGGUUCCAGUUCCACAGCUGCCAGUUCAGUCUGCUACUUCCCCUGAUUUAAAUCCACCCCAAGAUCCAUACAGGGGUAUGCCAACUGGACUGCAAGGGCAGAGUGUAUCUUCAGGCAGCUCUGAAAUCAAAUCUGAUGACGAAGGAGACGAAAACCUUCAGGACACAAAAUCUUCUGAGGACAAGAAACUAGACGAUGACAAGAAGGAUAUCAAAUCAAUUACUAGGUCAAGAUCUAGCAAUAACGACGAUGAAGACCUUACACCAGAGCAGAAGGCAGAGCGAGAGAAGGAAAGGAGAAUGGCCAACAAUGCUCGUGAGCGCCUACGUGUGCGUGACAUUAAUGAGGCUUUCAAGGAGUUGGGCCGGAUGGUACAACUCCAUCUGAAGAGUGACAAACCCCAAACCAAACUCCUGAUUCUACACCAGGCUGUGGCUGUCAUCCUCAGCUUAGAACAGCAAGUCAGAGAAAGGAAUCUGAACCCUAAAGCAGCAUGUCUGAAAAGAAGGGAAGAAGAGAAAGUGUCUUCAGAUCCCCCUCCACUUUCCUUGGCAGGACCCCAUCCUGGAAUGGGAGAUGCAUCCAAUCAUAUGGGACAGAUGUAAAAAGGUCCAAGUUGCCACAUUUCUUCAUUUAAACAAGAGACCACUUCCUUAACAGCUGUAUUAUCUUAAUCCCACAUAAACACUUCUCCUUAACCCCUUUUUUGUAAUAUAAGACAAGUCUGAGUAGUUAAGAAUCACAGACGCAAGAGAUUUCAGCAUUCCCGAUUAUUAAACAAAAGCAAAAAGUGCAACUUGAGGGACGACUCUCUUUAACAUAUCAUUCAGAAUGUUUAAAGCAGUAUGUUACGAGCUGUAAAUGCACAGCCUAGAGACUGAAUGGCAAUCUUCUCCACACUGUGGGACAAUGCAUUUGUGCCUAAACUUCUUUUGGAAAAAAAAUAUAAUUAAUUUGUAAGUCUGAAAAAAAAAUAUUUAAUUUAAAAUUGUAAACUUGCAAUAAUGAAAAAGUGUACUUCUGAAGAAAAAAUGAACGUUUUUGUUGGUGUGCUAGACAGCUAGUGUUUAUACUUACUGGAUAUUAAAAGGGAAGCUUUGCUGCCCAGAUAUUUACAAAACCAGCAAACGUCCUAAUGAAAACUGAAGUGAUGACAUUAGCCAUUCCUUAGGGUAGGAGGAACAGAUGGAUCUUAUAGACCUAUGACAAAUAUAUAUAUAUAAAUAUAUAUAUAAAUAUAUAUUAAAAAUUUAGUGAAUAUGGUAAGCUUUUGUUCAUUUGUUUCAGACUUUUUUGCUCCUGUAAAAAAAUAGUACUGAUUAACUUUUUUAAAAAGAAGAUUUUACUGUAAAUAAGGAUUUUUUGGUCUUAUUUCUGUCCCGCUCCCCUGUUUUUGUUAUUGUAACCUGUAGUGCCAACUCUGUCUCUGGAGGGGUAGUGCAGGCUGAAAUGCUGACCCUGACGUUGCUUCUCAUUCAUAAGUAGGUAGAGAGUUGUUUCUCCAGUCUUUUAGGAACACAGGACUUUAAAGUCUCAUCAUGUGUAGAUAUUACAGGCUGCAUUACUGAGACGUGGCAAAAUGAGUUUGAAUCGUAAUGUUGCUCUUGUUGACCCUAUUCUGGGAUUUUCAGAGGUACAAGGUUAGAAUGCUACAAUGUUACCACUGUGCCUUCCAAUGUUUAUAUCAUCAGAAACAUUACAUAAUCAAAGUGGCUGUGAUUUAACAAACCAAUUAAAGUGUUACCUAUGUGUGUAGCCUAAAUAGUGUGCAGUGAGGCGUUUCUGAAUACACGGUCAGAUUUGGGGGGUGGGGGGAAUCCAUCAAUUGGGAAAAUUGCAAGCAGUGUGACAGAUUUGAUUGACUUUCUUUUUUCAUUCUUUUCUUGUUUUCAAGUGGAUUACUUAAAUGUAGACCACUUGCUGCCUCCUCCUUCAUUUGCGAAAUGCCAAUAUUCAGUCAUCAUGCAACAUUAUAACAAGCCUUAUGAGUCCUAAAGCAUUAAGUUGCACUUUCUUGAGGAGGGGGUAGGUGGGUAGUACAGUAUUUCUCUGGCCAGUAUGAAUGAAGUUUUUACUUAACAUAUUUAAUAGUAACAUAGAUCAAACUAUGGCACAGCAACUCAUCAGACAACUAGCUUUGAAGUCUGGGCACAACUGAACCAACUUCCAUAGUGAAUCUUAUCAUGAUUGACUUUGGUGUACAGUACAAUUAACAGAUAGUGCUCCUAGUUAAGUAUUUGUCAGCAUCCUUUUGUCUCUAAUUCUAGUUUCUAUUUUUACAGCCACACAAACCUGGCAUGUAUUUUAAAUAAAAUCUCCCUGUUCAAGUAGAUUUUCCACCUAUCAGCACUGAGUAAAUGCCAUAAAUCCAUCAAAACGGUCUAAAUGUUCCAUCUGUUCUCCUGUUUUGCCAGUUAUAUAGUAAUGAAAAAAUACAUUUGUAAAUUUUAUGCAACAAAUGGCAAACGUAUCAUUAUUUUGAAAUUGUGUAUGUAAAAGUUAUAUUUUUACAUGUAGACUCUUGUUAUUAUGUGUUUUAAUACAUUGUAUCAUUUUUUGUUUAAAAACAAUCUGUGUGGUUGAAAAAAGUCACAUUUAAAUGAAAUAGUGAGAUACAAGAAUCUGAAUUUUAUGUUUGUUUCUGAAAACGUGAAGAACAAAUAUGAUAGUUAACAUGUGAUCACCUUCUACAUACCCAUAAACAUUUUGAUUAGCUGCGUGCGUGUUGAAACCUGUAAAUAUGUUCAGUAGUGGGAAAAUUUAAAAUGCUUUGAUUUGUUGAUAAGUUUCUCAAAUGUGGAGGUGGAUUACACGAUUAGCUAUACACAAUAGAGCAGCAGGCACAAGGUUUAAUUCAGAAUUACAAAUGAAUAUUAUUUUUAAAAUGCUGGACUUUUAACAGGCCUGGUUUAUAUGAAAAUGGGUGUGAUAAAGAUUAAUCUCACCCAUUGUUAAUGAUAACUAUGCUUUUGAGUGCUGGUAUCCUUAAGGUUUCUCUUUAUCAGUAUCAUAUGCAUUGAUAUGAGGAGUGAAACAACAAUGAACAAACCAUAUUUUUUGCAGGCAAAUUAUAACCCAACAGAUCGUAUUCACUUUUAUCCAUACAUGUACACAUCAGAUUUAGGGAAUGAAAAUAGUCCUUUUACUAUUGAAGAAUUUUAAGAGCAUUGCUUCUGAUAACUAUUAUCAGAAAAUGCAUUAUAAAACCAAAUUCAUGUUUACUCUUAAAAAAUCAGAACAAAAAUAAAUGUUUACCUUUAUUGACAUUUUUAACAAAAAUUGGAGUGGGGGGUUUCUUUGUAUUUCUUGUCUUUACAUUUGUCUCUCACUCAAAUUGAGUAGAAGUUUCAGUUUUUACCCACCAGUUUUGGUGAACUGUACCGCUCAAUAAGGUGGUGAUUUUAUAGCAAACUUCCCUUUUAGGAAUAAAAUAGCCUUUGAAGGGCAAACCUUCAUCCACACUAGAUUUAACUGUGCGGAUACCUCGAUACCACUCAGAUUCUGGAUAGUCUGAGAUUAAAAAAAAAUGAACAAGCAAGUGUGUAGUGUUUGAUAUUUUUUUUUCUUUUCAUUAUUUCCCAUCCCAAGGGAGGAAUUAGUGUCCCACGCUGGAUUUGUCACAGGUAUUUAGCUGAUGACACUAAGAUUGUAGAAGGCUGUGUAUUAUAUGGUAAUAAACCUGGCUUAGAAACUCUUUAAGAAACACUGAUUAAAAUAGCAGCUUUUUAAUAAAUGAUCCACCUCCACAUUCAAGUAAUUUAUGACUAUGCUGAAUAGGGAAUCUGUUCAUCUAGAACUUUUUAACCAUUUGUCUUCUGUGUAGCUGCAAGGAACACUAACGUUUAUACAACUGUCAGUCCUACCAGUGAUGCAACUUGUACUGAUUCAGUCUUCCGAUUCUUUGGGGAGAUGGGGGGUGGGAGAGGAUGGGGAGUCAGGGAGAGGAAAGUUUCAUCUUUGUAUCCACCAGGCAGAAUCUGAUCUGUGUCAAGAAGUGAACUAUACAGUAUAUUGCCAGGAGUGAAGAGAUUUCGGCAGAAACAAGCACAAAAAAUAAAAAUUAGUCCACUGGUUGACUGGGUGGGGGGAGGAGGGGAAGGGUGGAAUAUGAUUAAUUCCAACACAUGGGGCACCAUGGCCUUUUGGGGCCUAUCUUUUUGUUUUGUUUAUGUUUUGUUUGUUUUUUAAAGACAUGUUCUUUCUCAUGGGACUUGAAGUUGAUUCAUAUUUGUGCAGUGCUGGUUUGACCAUACUCAUUUCAAGUAUUAUAGACUUAUGUAAUGGUGAAAAUAUAUGAACUGUGGCCUUUUUCAUUCUUGUUACUUGUGAUGCAAUUAAGUGAAGAUAAGAAAAAAAAACAGCAGAGAUUUACCAUGUAUCAGUGCCUGGCUUUUUGUUAUAAAGCUUCGUUUGUCUAGUGCUCUUUUUGCUAUAAAAUAGACUGUAGUACACCCUAGUAGGAAAAAAACCCCUAAAUUUAAAAAUAAAAAAUAUAUUUGGCUUAUUUUUCACAGGAGCAAUCCUUUUAUACCAUGAAUAUUAUGGGAAAAAAUUGUCAGAUUCUGAAUAUUUCUUCUUUGUAGAUUUUUGGAAUCAUUCUGAGUAAAAGUUUGUUACUUUAUUUUACUAUUUAAAAGAUGUUAUUUUACCAUGUGUUACUGAGAUGAAACUGUAUGGUAGCUUUUUUUUUUUAGUUGUAGGUCGCAACAGGGGGAAUUUUGCGACUGUUCACAUAGCUACAGCAGUAAAAACAAAACAACAAAAAAAUGGGAAAAAAUGAAAAAAAAGGGAAAAAGAUUUUUAAAAAAAGAUAAACAGUUACACCUUGUUUUCAAUGUGUGGCUGAGUGCCUCGAUUUUUUCAUGUUUUUGGUGUAUUUCUGAUUUGUAGAAGUGUCCAAACAGGUUGUGUGCUGGAGUUCCUUCAAGAACAUAAAAAAACAAAACAAAAAAACAAAAAAAAAAAAUACACAGCUUGGUGUAGGCCAUUACCUGUUUCUCAUCUGUAGUUAUUCGAUGCCGUCAUGUACAUGACCGUUCUGUAGCAAUAAAUGUGCCAUUUUUAUAAACUGUU